AUGGCUGCUGUGCACCAACUCUUAGCGAGCCCCUCGCCAAGUCCUGGUCCGACCACUGCCUUCGCAGAUGACUCUGCGACCUCCAGAAUGGACGUUGACAACGGAAGCAAUGCAGAGCGCGCAAGCCAAAGCCCUCUGCUAAUCGACAGCGGCUUCUUUGGGGAUUCUCUACGAGUGGGAGACGCUCGAAUCGUCCUUAUUAUUUAUGGACAAGGGCAGGAAUCUAUCGUGUCUGUGUUUGCUGAGGUUCUCGGCAAACCAUCCAGGCUAAAAUCCAGCUUCAGCGACGUUACAACAGCAGACCACGACUCCGUCGUUGGUAUUGCUGCGGAUGCUGCGCACACUCAAAUUGGAACAAGAGACCAAUCGCUGGUGGUUACAAUCAAUGCACAUCAUGUUGAACUCGGCAUGCCCCCGAAUCUGCAUCUCUCAAAACAUUGCGAUUAUGAGUUUCUCUACUCUGACAGCUUCGACCUGCGUCGAGAUCUUUGCCGAUUUACCGCUUUUAUUCUCGGCCAAAUCAACCACCACAGCGAACUUAUGGCCAAGCCGAGAACGUUGUUUAUCUCCACGACCUUUCCGGAUGUUAGAGCGGCUCUGCCCAACCUCGACAUUCUGACAGUGGGAUCCGACGCCGUUGAACUUCGUGUUGAUCUGCUACGAGAACCGCUAGGCGGCGGCAAAUUUGCAGAUGUCCCGAGCUUGAAGUAUGUUGGAGAACAAGUCAUGCUGCUACGCCAGCGGACAGAACUACCUAUAAUAUUUACAACGCGCUGUACAAACGAAAAUGGCAAAUUUCCCAUGGACAAACCAGAACUGUACCACGAAUACCUGUUCAGAGCCAUUCAGUGGGGAGUAGAAUAUAUCGAUGUCGAACUUUGGCUGCCGGAAGAAAUCCGACGAGAUCUCUGGCACAGGAAGGGCAACUCACGCAUAAUGUCGGCUUUCCACGACUUUUCGGGAACCUUUAAAUGGCCAUCAGCCCAUGCCCAAGAGGUAUUCGAACGCUCUGUUCACUAUGCCGAUAUUAUAAAGAUGAUUGCCAUCAUCAAUGAGCACACGGAGAACUUUGAGCUGGAGUACUUCCGCUCAAAGGUGAAAACCGAGUAUCCGCACGCGCCGCCAUUUUCUGCUGUCAACAUGGGCCAAGUUGGGCAGAUUUCUCGGUCGCUCAACAAAGUUUUCACACCUAUUACACACCCACUGUUGCCGAUAAUUGCUGCACCGGGUCAGCUGAGCGCGGCAGAGAUCAACUGCGCGCUUGCCCAUAUGGGCAACCUGCCGAAAAAGGCAUUUUAUGGCAUUACCAGCGUCGAAUCUCGUGUUAAAGGACAUCGGGCGCCAUUUUACGAGAAGUGUUUUAACGAGCUUGGUCUGCCACAUCAAUUUGCUGUUAUCGAGCGUCAGCCUAACAGUCCAGCUGGCCUGGAAAUGCUAUGUCGUCAGACAUCUUUUGGCGGCGCGUACCUCGACCCGGGCCUUUCAUAUAACAGCCUCAUGAAACAUAAUCCGAUGCUCACGACAGCCAACAAUGGAGAAGGGCCAAUAGUGAGCGAGGCUGCACGGGUUAUUGGAACCGUCGACACAAUCAUGGUGAGAGUAGGCUCAUCGUCGCACUCAAAUUCCACGCCAUCCUCGAUACCUGCCAGCCCCAGACAACAAAAGGAUGGUGCACCGGACCCCAACCAGGCAAAACAGAACCAGACCGCCACCUUGAUAUUCGACAAUGCGAGUUGGAAAGGAAUCCUCAGCGCGCUGACAAGAGACCUCACUCCCUCAGCAUACACAGGUCGCACGUCAAUGGUAUUAGCAUCUUCCUCAGAAGAUGCGGCACCCGUCAUUUUCGCAAUGAAAGCACUGAAAAUUUCCAAGAUUUAUACUCUGGGGUUCAAGACGUCGUCGACACUCGCACGUAACGCGCCGCCGAUCGAACAGUUCAACAGUCUGGAAAGCUUGCAACGCGCGCGAUCUGGCGCAAAUGAAAGCGCCGCACCCUUUGUCAUGGUAUCGACUUUGGGGCCAGCCAAAAGUAGCAUCGUGAGAUUGCUUCUACGUGCCUUUGCGAGAAACGGCCAGAAUGAUGGAUCGACGAGCAACAAGAGAGUCUUUUUAGACUUGGCACAUGCUGCAGAUCGACAAGCAAUUGAAACGGCUGAGAUAGCUGAUAAGAGCGGAUUCGCGCCGUACGGGGCUGCCGACAGUGCGGCCUUCACGACGGUUGAGAGUAUGCGCUUGCUCGUGGGACAGAAUGUACCCUACAGCUUCGUGAGGCUGGCUAGUGGCAACUAG